GUUCCAUUACUAAAAUAACUGAACCGAAAGAGAGCUCGUAAAGUUUUCACCGUGGAAACAUCAUAAAACACGAGUGGGAAAAAAGCUGAAAAAAAGUUGAGUUUCCUCUCGUUUUCCUUCCCCAUCCGGAAACGGGGAAGGUGGUUAACCAAGUGAAAGCGCAAAUGUUCCAAACCAACAAAGGAGCGGAAAGUUAAUCCUCGAAAUAACGGUGACGUCGACAACGACGACGAUUGCGACAGGCAAGCAGUCAUUUGGAGGAGGCAUCAUAUACGGUGAUUAAAUAGUGACGACAUUCCCCCCUGAAAAAAAGAAGAGGAAAGUGCAUUUGUGAGAUAACAGUGAAAAAAAAAUAGUGGAAACCGUAGUGCAACUACGAGAGAUUAAAUUACACAGGAUCGAAAAAAAAAGUCAUCAUGUCGGAAGCAACGACACCCAACGAAGGUGGCAUCGGAGCGAAGCAGCAGGUCGUUGCGUACACGGAAAAGUCCCAGGACAAGCAUGAGUCGCGCCACAUCCAGCUGGUGCGGGAGUACGGGUUCCACCCGCGGUCCAAGGUCCAGGUCGAGGACGGGGCCGUGCUGCCGCGCAAGUUUGAACCAUUUCCGGACGAUAUGUACGGGCGCCCGCUGGAGGAAAUCGAUAACUUCAUCUAUGAAGAGACAUUCUGCGUGGUGUCGAAACGAUUUCGCAAAAACUACAUCCAUCGCUUCACCGGAACGAAAAGUCUGUUCUGCUUCACUCCGUGGAGCCCCACCCGACGUGCCUGCGUGUACCUGGCGACGAACCAGUUCUUCGACUACUUCGUGAUGGCCACCAUUCUGUUCAACUGUAUCUUCCUAGCGAUGUCCGAGACGAUCGAAGAAGCAGAGUAUAUAUUUUUAGCAAUUUACACUUCCGAGAUGAUAAUCAAAAUGAUAGCUAAGGGAUUUAUACUGAACAAGUACACCUACUUGCGGAAUCCGUGGAAUUGGCUGGACUUUGUGGUCAUUACCAGCGGGUACGCGACGAUUGCCCUGGACGUGGGCAAUCUGGCCGGGUUGCGGACGUUUCGGGUGCUACGGGCUCUCAAAACGGUAUCAAUUAUGCCGGGUCUCAAAACCAUCAUCAACGCGCUACUGCACUCUUUCAAACAACUGGCAGAGGUCAUGACGCUGACGAUAUUCUGUCUGAUGGUGUUCGCACUGUUUGCCCUACAGGUCUACAUGGGCGAACUACGUAACAAAUGUGUCAAAAACCCUCCGGAAGGUUGGAACGUUACCCACGAGGAAUGGCGAAUGUGGGUGAACGAUACCGAGAACUGGCUCAUAGACGACGGGGACAUGCCUCUGCUGUGUGGGAAUCUCACCGGAGCGCGCCACUGUCCACCCGAGUACGUGUGCCUGUGCGUCGGAGAAAACCCAAACCAUGGGUACACCAACUUUGACAACUUCAUGUGGUCAAUGUUAACAACCUUCCAGCUUAUUACCCUAGAUUAUUGGGAGAAUGUAUAUAAUAUGGUCCUUGCGACGUGCGGUCCGAUGAGUGUGUCGUUUUUCACCGUGGUGGUAUUUUUCGGUUCAUUUUAUUUGAUCAACUUGAUGUUAGCCGUUGUUGCUUUGAGUUACGAGGAGGAAGCUGAAAUCACCCAAGAGGAGCGCCGAAAGGAUCUAAUCGACCAUCGGGACGACUCGACUUUCAGCUUCGACCCGGCCAGUUUGAAUGUUAAGCAGUUAAGUAAACAGCAGCGUAAGAAGUUGGACGCCCGGAAGGGCGUUCUGCUGGCGUCGUAUUCUCGCAAAAAGACCCGACGGAGAAAAAAGGGCAAGGAGAACAACGAUAACGGAAACAAUGUUACGAAAAGCAGAUCUGUGACGCCAAGCCCCAGCCCGAGUCCGAGGCACAGUAUUGUGCGACCGCAGGCUCUGGCAUUGCAGCGAACGAAAGGAAUGCUGUCGUCGACGCCUCCGGCCAUGCCACCCACGCAGCACCAACAACAGAAUCCGAACACGUUGCACCCUUUAGGGGUUCACUAUCGGGGCCAGUUGCUGCCCUCCAGUCGACAGGCGAGUUCCAACGCCAGUGAGGGUGGCGUCAAUCGAGAGUCUUCCCUGGACGAUUCCGGCGUGGUGGACGACCACGAGGAGCAGGAUGUUGUAACGGGCACCGAGCUGGUGCAUUCGUCUUUAGUAGAGCAGCGGGAGGUGACACCAGUUACUUUGGCGUUAUCACCGCGGGAGGUUAGGAUAAUAAAAUGUAACGGUAAUUUAGCGAAAGUCAAAAAGCACAGCGUUUAUGCCCUCCAUCCGGAAUACUUGUCGCAAAUUGUUGUACUAGACGAUCUUCCUGAUAGAAAUUGUGAUAGAUGUGUUCAAUGUUGCAUCAGCUACGGAAAGUGGCUGCAGUUCCAAAAUUGUUUAUACAAGAUUGUUAAGGAUCCAUUGUUCGAAUUAGGGAUCACACUAUGUAUUGUUUUAAAUACAUUGUUUUUAGCGUUAGAGCAUCACGGUAUGAACCAGAAUGUACGUGAUGCAUUAGAGUAUGGAAAUAGGGUUUUUACAGCGGUUUUUUCAUUCGAGUGUUUAUUGAAAGUGAUGGCCCUGUCGAAGGAUUUUUUCCUGUGUGGCUGGAACAUAUUCGAUCUGAUUAUCGUUUCAGCCAGCUUGCUCGACCUAAUCUUCGAACUGAUGGAGGGCCUGACGGUGCUGCGGGGCUUAAGAUUGUUACGGGUACUGAAACUAGCACAAUCAUGGACCACGAUGAAGGUCCUGCUAAGUAUUAUCAUAUCGACAAUAGGUGCUUUAGGUAAUCUGACGUUCGUGUUGGUGAUUGUUAUCUAUAUUUUUGCUGUUAUCGGAAUGCAGUUGUUUUCCAAAGAUUAUACGCCGGACAAGUUCGCACCGGACCCGGUGCCGAGAUGGAACUUUAACGACUUUUUUCACUCGUUCAUGAUGAUUUUUCGUAUCCUGUGCGGAGAAUGGAUCGAACCUCUGUGGGACUGCAUGAGGGCCGAAGAGGAGGAGGGAGCUUCGUCAUGCUUUGCCAUUUUCCUCCCGGCUUUGGUGAUGGGCAACUUUAUGGUUCUGAACUUGUUCUUGGCCUUGUUGCUCAACAGUUUCAAUUCGGAGGAGCUAAAAUCGAAAAAGGAGGAAGUCGGUGAGGAUUCCAAGUUGGCGCGAAGCUUCGAGCGAAUACGAUCGAUCGUGCGCAAGAAGCGAGGUGCCAACAAGGAGAAGAACGAAAACGACACCAACACGCGGUUGGAGAAGCUGGUGAACGAGAUCGUGAUCAAGCAAAGGGAGGAGAAAAAGAAAUACAGCGCUGCGCUGGUGGCAUCGAAGGACCAAACCAUCGUGCUGCCACCGACGGAGUUCCGACCCAUUCAGGGUGGGCCAAUAUACAGCCCCAGUUAUCAGGAAUGCUUAACGCAACGAAUUCCACCAGAGCCGCUGUGCUACGAAAUUCCUCUCAAAGAUCGACCCCUGCGAACGAUUUCCGGUAGCCAGGAGACCGUUUCCCAGAUGGACGACCGCCAACUGCCGGACGAUGGUCCUCCUCAGAUGACUGAGGUCGAGCGAAAGAUUCUCCAGCAAAUGUCUUCCGGAUUCGGUACCCAACAGAGCAAAGACGAGCCCACGGUGACCGAUUCACUCGAAAUGCGUUCCCUCAAUCCUAUCAACUCUUCCGAGAUCGAUCCAAACGAACAGUCAAUCCACAUAUCGGAUUCGCAGCCCUAUGACGAAGCGUACUUGCAGUACCAGAAGUCCUUGCUUAACCGAUCGCCAAGCUAUCGGAAAUCGCUGGACCGAACAUCGUCGCGCACUUCCAGUGCACACUCUUUGGCCAACUCGCUGGCCAAGUGCCAUUCGCCGCUGGUGCAGGAAGUCCUCAAUGCCGGAUCGACCUAUCUACGCAAUAGCAAUAUUUCGCUCAUUCAAACGACGCCAACGCCGGUACCUAGACGUGAAGAUAAUCAUUUUUUAGUAGCCGAUAGGAAAAGUAGUUUAGACAAAUCGAUCACGGCGUCACCGCCGCAACCGAUCAGCCAACAACGUUCGCCAAGUACCAGCAGUAGCAUGCGCAAGGCGGUGCUGGCCGCCAAUCGUUUCUCUGACCAAUCGCUCAAUACGCUCUCGAUCGAUCACGACGAGCUGAUAAAUCAGAUGAAUUUGAAGGACGAACUGCUCAACUGUGAGCAGAAGGAGUUAUUUCAGUUCCUCAACGAUGAGGUUGACAAUAGUAACAAUUAUUUUAGCGAUACGGUAGGUUAUGGCAGCGCGAUUGUCGACGCGGACACGGAAAGUCUGCUGUUGAGUUCCAAAAGGGACGAAAUUAUCUAUUCCCCGGAUCGUAAGGUCUCCAACGGUAGCCUAAAAUCUAAUUUAAGUAGUAUAUCCAAUUCGAUUUUUCAAGCGCUGGAGAAUCGUCGAGGGGGUAGUAUAUCGGGUUCGAUAGACAAAACGCGGCCAACGAUCGCGGUAGACAACGUUAGUCUACGAUCGCGGAGAAAUAGCGACGAUAAGGAACCAUUGGUGAAAGCUUCCGAGUUCGACGACAUAAUUCAUAGUUUCGACACGGAAUUAAAAAGCCUAAAGUCUCUCUCGCUGGGUCGAAGCCAUUCGCAGACGGACCCUCCUGGUUCACCGGAGCGUGAACGACGGAACUCGGACUCCUGCCCUGCAAAGCCUGCAGCCGAAGAAGUGGUCCGCCUGCGAAGGCCCAAAUCUAGUACCGUCUGUAACUAUAGAAGUAGUAGUGCUAAUAACAAUAAUACGAAUGGCAAUAAAACUAGUGAUAACGAUAAUAACAACAGUAAUACGUGUAACAAUAACCCUAGGACUAGUACCGGAAACGAUAGUAGUAGCAGUAAUACCGAUAGCAAUACCCAGCGUAGCGAAACCUCCAAGCGGCGCAGCUUGGAGAAGCAACGCAACAUCACCGAUGAGGAGUUCAAUAUGGGAGUAGAGAUUAAGAAACUUUGUGAUCAACUACAGGCACCGUUCGCCAACCAAAACGUUGUACAGGAACAGCCCACUAGCGGUAGCGGGAACGGACCCUCGACUUUAGCGCCAUUCAUGGGUCUUUCCGCCGGUAAUGGCAAUAACAUGAACUCAAUCCCUAUCGUGUUCCGACGGAAAAAUGACUUCCACAGUAGCUUCGAUCGCAUCAAACGUCUUAGUCUGAUCGAACGAGUCGAAGAAUGCAACGAAGACGAAAAGGUCGUCGUACAGCCACCGAAGGCAUCCAGCGAGAAACUUCCGCGCAAACAAUUAUCCAAAGACUGCCUGGAGACUUUGUCUCUGAAAAGUAGCUACAGUGUAGAUAACGGCGAGAGACCCCUAGAAGAUAGUAGUAAGAAAAUCGGAAUCAGCAUGGAAGAAUUUCAGCGGAACAUCGCACAGGAAAACAGUUCCGAAUCGCCGGCGAUUAAACAACCGCCGAAGAAGACAGUCACCUACAGUGAAACAUCGCGGCAGAACAGUUCGCAACAGGCGACGCCCAAACGGACCCCGUUCAAAACCUACGAGUCUGACGCUCCACUGAACCUUGCUGGAAAGCCGUGGCACUGUCUGGUGUCUUACGUGGACGACAUCACCGUUGGUGGUCGUCGCAAUUCGCAAGGCGUCUACGACGAUCCCAUGGCCUUUCCCAGCUUUGGUCGUCGGAAAGCGCCGAAGAUUCCGCAGGACUGCUUCCCGCAAAAGUGCUACGAAAAGUGCAGAUGCUGGGACGCUUGUCUGAAAACUGAAACUGGCCAACGGUGGUAUCGAUUUCGCCAGGACGUUCUGCAGUACGUAGACACUCCGGCCUUCGAAUGGUUCGUGCUGGUGCUGAUCUUCGCGUCCAGCAUUACUCUGUGCUUCGAAGACAUUCACCUCGACCAGAACAAGCAGCUGAAAAGGAUCCUCUACUGGACCAACUUUGUUUUCUGCCUUAUUUUCGUCAUCGAGAUGUUGCUUAAGUGGAUCGGCUUUGGGUUUACAAAAUAUUUCUCCAGUUUCUGGACCAUACUGGACUUUAUCAUAGUAUUCGUGUCGGUUUUCUCACUGCUGAUCGAGGAGAACGAAAACUUGAAGGUACUACGCUCGCUAAGAACGUUGCGCGCUCUGAGGCCGCUGCGAGCAAUAUCCCGAUGGCAGGGCAUGAGAAUAGUAGUGAAUGCAUUGAUGUAUGCGAUACCGUCGAUCUUCAAUGUACUCCUAGUAUGUCUCGUCUUCUGGCUGAUCUUCUCGAUCAUGGGCGUACAGUUUUUUGGCGGGAAGUUCUUCAAGUGUGUUGACGAGGAUAACGAACUGCUACCGAUCCACAUCGUCAACGACAAAUGGCAGUGCUACGCGCUCAACUACUCCUGGAUAAACUCCAAGAUAACGUUCGACCAUGUCGGGAUGGGCUACUUGGCGCUGUUUCAAGUGGCUACGUUUGAAGGAUGGAUGGAAGUUAUGGCGGAUGCCGUGGAUGCUCGGGGAGUUGAUUUGCAGCCACAGCGGGAGGCAAACUUGUACGCUUACUUCUACUUUGUGAUCUUCAUCGUGUGUGGAUCGUUCUUUACGCUUAAUCUGUUUAUCGGAGUAAUCAUCGACAACUUCAACAUGCUUAAGAAAAAAUACGAGGGAGGUGUUUUGGAGAUGUUUCUUACGGAGUCGCAGAAGCACUACUACACGGCAAUGAAGAAGCUGGGCCGAAAGAAACCACAGAAGGUGAUCAAACGACCGAUCAAUCAGAUCUUGGCAAUGUUCUACGAUCUUUCAAACUCGAGGCGAUUUGAAAUCGCCAUCUUUGUCUUGAUAUUUCUCAACAUGCUCACGAUGGGUAUCGAACACUACAACCAACCGCAUGCUGUUUUCUUCAUCUUGGAAGUCAGCAAUGCCUUCUUUACAACCGUGUUCGGGCUGGAGGCAAUUGUCAAGAUAAUCGGGCUGCGUUAUCACUAUUUCACGGUGCCGUGGAACGUGUUCGAUUUUCUGCUCGUACUGGCUUCUAUCUUCGGCAUUCUGAUGGAAGAUAUUAUGAUCGAUCUUCCGAUAUCUCCGACGUUGCUACGAGUAGUACGCGUCUUCCGGAUUGGUCGAAUACUUCGGUUAAUCAAGGCUGCGAAAGGUAUACGAAAACUACUUUUUGCCUUAGUGGUAUCACUACCUGCACUGUUCAACAUUGGGGCACUUUUGGCGUUGAUCACUUUUAUUUACGCCAUCAUCGGAAUGUCGUUGUUUGGUCACGUGAGGCAGCAGGGUGCGUUAGACGACAUGGUGAACUUUGAAACGUUUGGAAGAAGUAUGCAACUUCUGUUCAGACUUAUGACUUCGGCCGGUUGGAACGAUGUGCUGGAGUCACUUAUGAUCCAACCACCGGAUUGCGAACUAGCUCAGGAUACACAGGGCAACGGGGACUGCGGCCAUCCACUGUUGGCGAUCACCUACUUCACCAGCUUCAUUAUAAUCAGUUAUAUGAUUGUAAUCAACAUGUACAUAGCUAUCAUUUUGGAAAACUUCAACCAGGCUCACCAGGAGGAGGAGGUCGGCAUCGUCGAAGACGAUUUGGAGAUGUUCUACAUCCGAUGGUCGAAGUACGACCCGCACGCAGGACAGUUCAUACACUUCAACCAGUUGUCGGACUUUAUUGCUUCCCUCGAUCCACCGUUGGGCAUACCGAAGCCAAAUACGGUAGCGCUGGUCUCAUUCAACCUUCCGAUUUCCAAGGGGAACAAAAUUCAUUGCUUGGAUAUCCUCCAUGCACUUGUCAAACAUGUCCUCGGGCAUGUAGAAGAGACUGAAAACUUCAAACAGUUGCAAGAUCAGAUGGAUCAGAAGUUCAAGAAACAAUUCCCAACUCGUAAAGAGUUGGAAAUUGUUUCCUCGACUCGAAUCUGGAAACGACAAGAGAAGGCAGCUAAGACAAUCCAGACUAGCUGGAAGGAUUAUCUAAGACGUAAGCGAGAACGGGAGCGAUCUCCCAUGUCCUUAGAGGACGAUAACACCCAAACGUCAAGUCCCGGUGGUUGGCAGAGUAAGCUUUCUGCGUUGAACUUCCUCCAUCUGCAGGUGCACCGUCGCGGGACGGCAACGUCCAGUCGUGCUUCGUCUCGUAAAUCAUCUCGUGCUUCCGAUGCUUCCGAUCUAAGCGAACUUGCUGGGCCUUGGUUGAAUCUUCCGCUGAUGCUUGUCUCCGGAACUAGUGACAUGGUCAAGGAAGUCAAACAGCAACAUGCUAAUGGCUUGGAGCUGAAGGACGCUCCUGAAGCGAAAGGUGGUCGCCGGAGGAGCUUCUACAACUUUCCAUUUUUUCUUCGGCAUCAAGAUGCUGUAGAGGACCCAUCUAAUUCGCCGCAACCUCAGAAGCGACCCAUAGAGUCGAGCGAGACAAAUCUCUCGUUAACUGCUUCGCUGGACAAAGCAGUUCCUCCAGUGGCUCCGACCACUCCAGUAAUGAAACAUAAAAGGGCAACGAGCUUCGUUAAAAAGAAGCCACCGCUGGAACGGGGCUUCUCGGCACAAAGUGCGUUGCGGCUUAAUCGAAAUGCUGCAGUUCUUGACGACAAUCUGUCAGCCUCCGCGUCCGACGUCAGCAUCCUCGUGACUGAACCAUCUCCGGACGUGCCUACCGAAACCAAUCUGGCCAAAGUACCUGGAGAGGCAACGCUAGUGCACGUCCUGGUUCACCGCGAGAGCGAAGAAUACCAGUCGGACGUCGACGAUAAAGACGAGACCAAAGUGAAAGAGCCUCGUGAUCCCUCCAAAGCUAGUGAUAUUAAAAUCUCCCCUGGCACGAAUGUUGACUAUCAAAUUCUAGGUGGCAACGUGGACGGACCUCGCCCUGUGGUGACCAUCUGCGUUGAAAGUCCACAGGAUUCGCCAGAUUCUCCCCAGGAUCAGUCGCGGUCCCAACCACCCCAACACCCGCCUCCACCUCUUCCACCGGACACCGUCAUUGAUAUGGUCGAUCCGGAACCGAUCGACGUCAAUCUUCCACGUGAUACCUCCAACAUAUUCUACGACUACGAGGAGCCCAAAGAGGACCCCAAACCUCCAGAGAUUCCGCCCCGAGCUCACCAACACUCGUCGCAAGACUUGGACCGAAUCGAGUACGAUGCCAUACAGCAGAUGAGCAGCAGCACGAGCAGUGCCACAAGCGCAAGCAGUAACAGCAGCAGUAGCAGUGCAGCGGCAGCUGCUGACACCAACGACGACCAGUGUCAAUGUCCUCCAUCAGCCGAAGCCACAAUGCGGCGAACCAGCUGACCAACAACCGAACCGUCAACGGACGACCGAAACGAUGACGUCGGCGACCGCAGCCAACCGGACACCACUAGUUGACAAUCUUCGUCUUCUUUUUGAGUAUUUUUAUACCUGACGGGGCAGCGUUCGGGCGUUCGAGGCCGCACUGUGCUCGGAUAUCGAUCGCUAUCAACGACAUUUUAUACCUCAUUUUACGACGCCUGUGUACUUCUACUGCGGCGAGGGAAACCGGAGGGGCUGGGGCAAUGGCUCUCCGUGAUUCCGUUGUUAGUGUAGCGUUGUUUGUUUUUUUUUCUGUGGGAAGUGCGAGAGUAUUGUAUAAAGUUUCGCAUAGAAGAUGGACGUUGGAAAAAGUUGUAAUAUCGAAUUGUAUAUAGAAUUAAGUUUUAUAUGGGAAAUGUAAAGACAUGUAAAUAGGUAGUCUAGUAUUAAUAUUUAUAAGUAAUAUGAAUGGUGGCUAUAAUCCCGGAAACGUAACUUCGGGUCUUAACGAAGCUAUUCUCAAGUUGUUUCAACAUAGUUUAGUAUUUUAAAUAUGAUGUUAA